GGAAACGCUUUAGAAACGAAAAUAAAAAUUGGUGUUUGUUCUUAGGUUGGAUAGUCAUAGUUGAAAAAUCUAGUCUAAUAAAGUGUAUAGAUCUACCUAACUGAUAAACUAGUCGUACUUGCUCAUAGUGAGUGAAAGCAAUCUUUCAAGAAUGGGGUCUAAAAAACAUAAGGAGAAAGAUCGUGAAAGUAAGAAGAAACGGAAACAUCGCUCCAGAUCUAGAUCACGUUCCAGGGAGAAAAAGAGAAGACAUCGUGAUAGGUCAAGGUCCCAUGAACGAGAAUCUGCCAUGUUCCUGCAGAAAGACCAUGGCUACACAGAAGAAAGAAAUGAUGAUCGUGCACAGAAUUAUGACUACAGUCAAGGUGACACCCGUGAUCGCAGGGACCGCUCAUCUGCUUUUGAAUCAAAGGAAGAGAGCCACAGUGUUCAAGCCUCUGGCGAUGGAUCCAGUUUAAGCAUUGAAGAAACAAAUCGUCUUCGGGCAAAACUUGGCCUCAAGCCUUUGGAUGUUCCUGACAAAAGAGGUUCAGAAGAGGGAGACAAAACAAAAAAGAUAGAAGGAGUUCACGUCCCUGCUAUCAAUUUGGGGCAACAGAGAAAGACUGAAGCACUGAGGGAGAAAAUGACUGUUAAAAAAACCCAGCGUGAGAUGGAAAAGAAACUACAGAAGAUAAAAGGCCUGGGUGACAGUGAUUCAGGUGAUGAAGGGGCGUCUGCUUGGGUCUUGAAGAGCAGGAAGUUACAACAGGAAAAAGAAAUGGCUGAAAAGAGAGCCAAAAUGCUGGAAGAAAUGGAUGAAGACUUUGGAAUUGGGAACCUUGUUGAACAGGAAUUCAAAAAAGAUAAGCGUUACACCUCUCAAGAUCUCAGUGGACUUACAGUUGAGCACGCCUUAGACAAAUUUGAUGAAGGAAGAAAUGUCAUAUUGACCCUCAAAGACAAAGGUGUUUUAGAUGAGGAAGAUGGUGAUGUGUUGGUCAAUGUAAAUAUAGAAGAUGAUGAACGAGCUCAGAAAAACACUGAAAACAAGAAACAAAAACCAGAUUAUAAGCCAUAUGAUGAACCAGAGUAUGAUGAAUAUGGAAUGUUGAAACCCAACAAUUUAUUAGCCAAAUAUGAUGAAGAAAUUGAAGGAGCUAAAAAAGAUUCUUUUACAUUGGGUUCUGGAGGCCACUAUGAUGCAGCUCAUGAGAAACGUAUGGCAGAGAUCAGACAGCAACUGAGGGCGCAGGGACAAUCUCUACAGUUGGCCCCACCCACACUACUGACAGAGUAUAUGACACCAGAAGAAAUGGAGGCCUCCACAUUUAAAAAGAUCAAGAAGAAAGUGCGUAAGAUCAGAAAGAAGGAAAUACUCAAAGCAGAUGACCUUCUGCCACUUCCAGAAGAAGUAGUCACAAAAGAAGACUAUGGCUCACGAUCCAGAGGCAGAGGUCGUGUUGACCCAGAAGAUGGAGAAGUAUCCAAUGAAGGAGAGGAGUCAAAAGUAAAGAUGGAGGUAGACACUGACCCCACGACCCGUGUCAAACCUGACCCAUCAGCUGCUCCUGUUAAAAUUGAAAUUGAUGACUCUGACAUGUUGGAACCAGAUGAGGACCUCACAGGUGUGGUUGUAGAGGAGGAGGAAGUACAGAAUGAGCUGCAGGGCAUGUUAGCUCGGGCUCGUAAGCUUAAGCUCAAGAAGGAGAGACAGUCGGCACAAGAAAUCAUCAGAAACAUCAAGCCAGAGGAAGAAGAGAAGCACCAGAGAGAGCUGGGGGUGAACAUUGUACUCAACUCUACAUCAGAGUUCUGUAGGAAUCUUGGGGAGAUCCCAACCUACGGGUUGGCUGGUAACAGGGAGGAGGACAGGGAGGAGAUCAUGGACAUGGAGCUGGAGCUGAUGGACCACAAAAGGAGGAAAGAGGAGCAAGAAGAGACAACAGGAGGAUGGAACGAGGUGGAUAUUGAUGAAAAUCCUGUGGAUAUUCGGGCAGAGGAGGCAGCUGUACUGGAGGAAGAGCCAAUAGCAGGGGAGGGUGUUGGUGCUGCCCUAAAGCUGGCCAUAAAGAAAGGUUAUUUGGAGAAUGAGAACCCCAAAAAACUUCCCCCCAUGUCAACCAAAUAUCUGGAACUUCAAGCCCAGAACUACACGAUACAAGACAAGAGAUAUGAUGAUCUGGAUGAGAAGAACAGAAAAAGGGACCGCUACCAGGGUGGAAUGAUCACAGAGUUUAAAGAGAAGGACUCGUACAAGCCAGAUGUCAAGCUGGACUAUGUGGAUGAGAGUGGCAGGAACCUCUGCGCUAAAGAAGCCUUCAGGCAGCUCAGUCACAGGUUCCAUGGAAAGGGAUCAGGCAAGAAGAAGACAGAAAAACGAAGCAAAAAAGUUGAUGAAGAGUUGCUGAUGAAACGAAUGAGCUCCACAGACACACCACUCAACACACUUAGCUUGUUGAAAGACAAACAAAAAUCUGAAAAAUCUCCGUACAUUGUUUUAAGUGGCAGUAAAGGCUUCACAUCAAACACAAUAGUGAAGCCAUCUUGAGAGGAAGCAAGUUUGUAUCAGCGUUGAUGUUUUUAUUGAUGUUCCCUGUAGUCAUGAUGAAGGUCUGUCAGUGUGUAUGUGGACAGCUGGAUGGGAGGAGAGACGUGUCAUUUGUAGUUUUAUUAAAUUGUCAAAGAACCUCAGCAUCACUUUUUUUUAAAUUCUGUGGACAGAAGUUUUUUUUAACUGGUUUUGAAAGUGCAAAUAAACUUGAAUGUAAUCAAAUGGUCAGCAGAAGUUGUAUCUAAGAACAGCUACAACACUGAACCCAAA